AUGAACAGAAGUAGGUAAAUGUAGAGAUCAACAGAGGAGAAACUAAGCCUGAAAAAUUAAGGAUAUUCAAUACCAAAUAAUAUUAAUGACAGCAACAAUAAAUAACAAUAAUUGGGGAGUGAAUUCAAUAAAAUUUGCCAUUGCUCAAGAUGUAAAUCCUCCAGCAGGGGAAGUUUUGAAAGAAGGGAAUGGAACCCUUUGUCUUCAAUGGUCCUGGACCGAAAAGGAUACUCUGAGAUACAAUAAGAAACUCCUCAAUCUCACUCUCACCAUCACGCAAGUAAAGGUGAGAUACGAUUUCAUGAAUGAGGCAUUCAGGCAAUUGAGAGAUUUGAUCCCCAGCAAUAUUCUUCCUCCGCUUCAUUGGCAAAUCUGACCUAUCUGUGAAUCCCUCUUCAUCCUUGAGUACAUUGAUUCUGUCUGGAAUGACAAGUUUCCCUCGUUGCCUUCUGAUCCUUAUCAGAAAGCUCAUGCCAGGUUCUGGGCUGGUUUUGGCGCAAAGCAAGAAAAGGCCAAGACAGAGUUGACGGAGGGAUUGAAGCUGUUUGAGAAAGAGCUCGGUGAGAAGCCUUUUUUUGGAGGUGAAGCCAUGGGACUAGUAGACGUGACUCUUGCGCCCAAUUAUAGCUGGUUCUAUACGUAUGAGAAAUGUGGCAACUUCAGUAUUGAAGCAGAGUGCCCCAAGCUGAUGCAGUGGGCAAAAAGGUGCAUGGAAAAGGACAGUGUGGCUAAGACCUUUGCUGAACGGCACAAGAUCUAUGAGUUGAUUCUAGGAGGGAAGAAGAAAAUGGGUUUGGAAUAGGUGAAUUUCUAAAUUUUGGUUUAAUCAUUGUCCAAUUCUUAUGUUUUGCUGUUCUUAUGAAUAAACAUCAUAUUCGAGA